AUGACGGAACCGGACACAUCUAGUGAUCUACCAACGCUUCGUAUCUUCUGCCCCAUAGGAACAACAGGAAUCUACGCCUAUUACGAAGGGCGCACAUGCCCCUGGCGCUCCUUAAACUGGUAUGAUGAGACCUUGGCCUUGGGCGUGGCUGCCUACAGCAUCGUCAGCGGGGACUCAGCCCUUCUCUUUGACGCAGGUCUGACGCCUGCUUACGGGGCGCACAUGCUUGCCCAUGUACGAAGUUUAGGCGCAAGAAGUGUGAAGACGAUAUAUAGCUAUUUUCAUGCUGAUCACAUCGCUAGGGCUUCUGCUUUGCGGGACACGAAGAUUGUUGCACACGGAGGCACGCAGGAGAGAAUGAGGCAGAACGCUGAGAAGUUGAGAAACCCGGAUGAAGGCGGAGGACCCAGCAUCGACGUUGUGUUCCCCACGGAGACCUAUGAGAAGAGCCUGUCGCUCCGAGUCGGCGAUAUCGUCGUCGAACUGCAUAAUUUCCACAUUCACACCGCAGAUUCUACGCUCCUCUUCCUCCCGGAUGCAGGCUUGGUUUUUGCUGGCGAUAUGCUCGGGGAUACCGUGACGUAUAUCUCCGAGCCAGAGGAUCUCAAAACUCAACUACAGGAGUUAGAGCGUAUGGCGCAAUUACCUAUGACGAAAAUCUUUCCUGCGCACGGCAGCCCAGACCGGAUCAAAGCUGGAGGUUUUAAUAAGUCGUUGAUUGACGCCACGAUCCAAAAUCUAAAAGAUGUGGUAAAAGACGAUUUAAUGGCAGGGAGACUAAUCUUUUUUGAGGCAUACGAGGGCGUACACCAGGAAAACAUUGAGUCCAUGAAGGAAAUACGAAAGGAAAGUACCGCCAAUAUGAUGAAGAGGAGCGGAGAAGGCAAUAGUGAUAUAUUGACCUAG